AUGGAAGUAGAUCUUUCUGAUGAUGAAUUAGGAGAUUUCGAAUUAAAAAAACAAGAACAUGAAGAAGGAGAUUUUGUCAAGAAACUCGGAAAGCUAAUCUAAUUAACAGGAUACAGUGACCCUAUAUAUGCAGAAUCGUUUGUCCGUAUACACAAAUAUGAUAUUUAAUUUGAAACUCUUUUAAUAAAUAGAACUUCAAAACCUUUAUAAAAAGUCCAAAUAGACUUUUUUACUUAAUAAAGUGAUAUUAAAAGGGUUAUAGAAAAAGCUUAAGCUGUGACUUUAUAACCAAAUGGAUUUGCAAAUGUGAAAACAUCAUUAAAGUUCUCUUCGAGUGAUAUUGGAGUUAUUUUUGGAGCUAUUAAUUAUGAGAAUAUUGCAGGUAUAGAAUAAGCUUAUCUUAUUACAAAAGAAAUUGAUAUUGAUCUUAUUGAUUUUAUAUAUCCAAGUGAAAUAGAUCUUAAUACUUUUAGAGAAUUAUGGGCUAAAUAUGAAUGGGAAAACAGAAUUACAUUAAACCCAUCUGGAAAUGAUCUUUAUUAGUUUGUUAAUCAUAUAAGAGAACAUUUUAAAUUAUAUUUGCUUAAUGAUGAGGAAGAAAUAAAAAAUGCGAAUUGUAUUUGUGCAAACUUUUAUGCAAAAACUAAACUUGAUGAUGAUUUCUUAAUUAAUCUUAGUGCAGAAAUUAUUAAUAAUAAAAUUAAUGGAUAUGCCAGAAUUAGAAGUAAGGCUAAGGGAAUUGUUGUUAAUUUAGGAUCUAAAUUUAAAAUGUGA